UGUGGCUUCAUCACUCACCAGCUACGUACACUCAACCAACACACCACUGAAAAGCAAGAUUUUGUUGAAGAAAUAAGCAUCUUGCCAUGAUCGCAGCAAGGGCUGCAAACCUGCAGGUGGCCAUGAAGGCCCUGGCGCUGGCCGUGCUGGCCCUCGCCUACGCCGCGGCGACGGCGCGCGCCGAGCAGUGCGGCAGGCAGGCCGGCGGCGCCCGGUGCCCCAACAGGCUCUGCUGCAGCAGGUGGGGGUGGUGCGGCCUCACCGACGACUACUGCAAGGGCGGCUGCCAGAGCCAGUGCCGCGUCUCCCGCGACGGCGGCGACGACGACGUCGCCGCGGUGCUGCUCACGGCGCCGGGCGGCGGCCGCGCCGGCGUGGCGUCCGUCGUGACGUCGGACCAGUUCGAGCGCAUGCUGCCCCACCGCGACGACGCGGCGUGCCCCGCCCGCGGGUUCUACGCCUACCGCGCCUUCGUCGCCGCGGCCGGCGCGUUCCCGGCCUUCGCCGCCACGGGCGACGCCGACACCCGCAAGCGUGAGGUCGCCGCGUUCCUGGCCCAGACUUCCCACGCGACCUCUGGUGGGCCCUACUCGUGGGGCUACUGCUACAAGGAGGUGAAGGGCGCGACGUCAGACUUCUGCGUGCCGAACGCGCGCUGGCCGUGCGCGCCCGGCAAGGCGUACCACGCCCGCGGACCCAUGCAAAUCGCAUACAACUACAACUAUGGGGCGGCCGGCGAGGCGAUCGGCGCGGACCUGCUGGGCAACCCGGAGCUGGUGGCAACGGACCCGACGGUGGCGUUCAAGACGGCGCUGUGGCUGUGGAUGACCGCGCGGUCGCCGAGCCAGCCGUCGCCGCACGCCGUCGUCACGGGGCAGUGGACUCCGACUCCCGCGGACAGCGCGGCCGGCCGCGCGCCAGGCUACGGGCUCACCACGAACAUCCUCACCGGCGGGCUCCAGUGCGCCGGCGGCAACGGCGGCGCCGACCGGGUCGCGUUCUACAAGCGCUACUGCGACGUGCUCGGCGUCGGCUACGGGCCCAACCUGGACUGCUUCGGCCAGGCGCCGUUCGACGGCGACAUCAUGUCGGCGUCUGCGGCGAAGUAGACGUGUGCGCCGCCGUGCCGGCCCCGAUCGAUCGAAUAAAAUUGCGUGUGAGUACGCACUUCGCACGGUCGCUCUGCAGCCAGAGUGAGUGAGUUUGCUUUAUGUAUUUUUCGGUUUCGGGCGAGGAAUUCUUCAUGGAUCUGUGAAAGCCCAUAUGUAUGCAUGGUCAUGGCAUGAAUAAAGUAGUACUGAUCUUCUCGAAUA